AUGGCCUCCUCCGGCAAACCUCCGCUGGAUGAUUCCCGUCGUACGACGGGGUCGCCGAAAAUGAAGACUCGAGAUGAGAUGAGCUUGUCGGAGCUGUAUACCGAGGCAUGUGAUGGAUUGCGCGCUCACAGGAGGAAUUUCCGAACAGAGAAUGCGAAAGAUACACUAUGUCGCAAUGUUACCAUCUAUGGCCGCUGUCGAUAUGAGGAUAAAGGCUGCGCGUUCAACCACGAUCCUCUGAAAGUCAACGCUGCAAACCAAGCAGACAGCAAUAAGAAACGGUUCAAUGUGGACUCACCCAGCUUUACCCCGUCCCUCUUGUCUGGCAAUGGCACGUCCGCCCCCAAGAAAUCGACCACCAUUUCCCCGAAGGCUGCGAGCGCGGCUCCGUUUCAGCCUAGAGUUGCAGGCUCCAACACGAGUACCCCGCGGCAAGAAGUAGGAACUCCUGACUGGACGGUAGCGGAUGUGCAGGAAUUCGUUCCUCAAGGAUUUGAAGGAGCUCACGUGGCACCUCUUCAAGGCAACGGGAAUGGAAUCUCCGCCUCGGGUGCCUUCGAUCCUUUUGUCACGGCAACGACCCCUCUCUCCGCCGCAGGAGCUGUUGGCCCUGUCUCGACCAACCCAUACUCCCACGACCCCACUGCUGCAUUAGCAGGAGGAGCUUUCUUUGCGAACCAGACGGGUUUCCAGCAGCCCGUCCAAUAUCAUCUAUACGCACCAAUUGGCCCUCAUAACCAGAACAGCCUGGGUUAUCAGCGGAACGUCCACGAUCUCUUUCUCCCCAAUGAUUUCCGAGAAGAACUCCAGAAGAAGGCUGUGGCUACCCUUCAAACUCUACCCAACACCACAUUACCCGCACAGGUCGACUACUUCCACUCUCUAGUCCCAUUAGAUCUCAGCCAUCAAAAGAAUGCCGCAACUUUCGGUUACCCGAGCUGGGUCUAUAAAGCACAGUCUAGCAAAGACGGCAAUUUCUACGCGCUCCGAAGACUGGAAGGUUUCCGUUUGACCAACGAGAAGGCCAUCCGGUCCGUCCAAGCCUGGAAGCGGGUGUGCAAUGGAAGCGUGGUCACCGUUCACGAUGCGUUCACCAGCCGGAGUUUCCAAGACAGCUCGCUCAUCUUCGUCACCGACUACCACCCAUUAUCCAAGACCCUCGCCGAACAACACCUGGGCGUUGGAAACCGCUUCCAAGGCCGCCACAACACCCAUAUCCCUGAGCAGGUUCUCUGGGGCUACAUGACGCAAAUCGCGAAUGCGCUGAAGUCGAUCCACACCAACGGCCUCGCCGCUCGAGUGCUGGAGGCUGGCAAAGUUCUGCUGACCGGCAAGAACCGCGUUCGUUUGAAUGCCUGUGCGGUCUUGGAUGUAGUUCAAUUUGACUCUCAACGCACUGUGGCGGAGCUCCAGCGGCAGGAUCUCGUCAACUUCGGGCAAAUGAUCGUCUCUCUGGGUGCCAACUCGCCCAAUGUCAUGCACAACCCCACUAAGGCGAUGGAGCACUUCACUCGCGCAUACAGCCCGCAACUGAAGAACUCGGUUUUCUGGUUGUUGAAUGGACUGCAGAAAGACCAGGAUCGGACGAUUGAUGUUUUCAUCACCGGCAUCUCCUCUCAGCUGAUGUCCACAUUCGACUCAGCCCUUCAUCUGGAUGAUCAGCUCACUUCAGACCUCAGCCGCGAACUCGAGAAUGGGCGUCUCGUCCGUCUGAUGACUAAAUUGAAUCUGGUCAACGAGCGCCCUGAAUACGAACACGACCGGCAGUGGUCGGAGAGUGGGGAGCGCUAUUUCUUGAAGAUCUUCCGGGACUACGUCUUCCACCAGGUGGAUGGCUCAGGCGACGCUGUUGUUGACCUCGGGCAUAUGCUGACUUGCCUGAACAAGCUCGAUGCUGGGUCUGAUGAGAAGAUCACCCUGGUGAGCCGCGACGAGCAGAGCUGCUUCAUCGUCAGCUACAAAGAAGUCAAGAAAGCUCUGGAAUCGUCAUUUCAGGCACUUAUGAAACCCGCAAGAAGGAUGCAUUAA